ACAAGCCAAACAGCGAAAGACGUGGAGACUCUUCAGUCAGUCAUCCGACCAAUAUGGGACUCUCAAAAGUGUCCUGAUCAUAUGGCAGGAGCGAGAGGACAGGUAUUCCUACGCCUGUUGUGGAUCUGUCCUAGAAGUACUCACUGAAGAGAUUUGAGAAACAAUCCUCGAGUAUAAUAAAUAUGUACACUCCUCCUGAUUACAAUAUCGGUUUUGCACAACGACCUUGUUCCCACUUCAGCGCAAGAGUAUCGAAGGCCGCUUGGCUACUAAGUUGGGAGGAAGUUACGUUCCGCAAUGCGUUUAUGGUAUGGCCUUGUCCGAACGCGCUCUCUACGUCGCGAGCGGGCUCACUGUGAAGAAGUUUGACACAGUGAAUAGCCGCUUCAUCGGCGAGUAUCAAGGUCAUCGAGACUACGUGGUUGACGUUGCGGUCAGCUGUGGAAAAAUGGCGACGGUGAGCGACGAUAUGACUGCUAUCUGUACCGAUGUAGACGAAAGUGGGAAUAGCAGUGGGCCGGCGUCUCUGGCGCUAGAAGGACAGGAAAAUUACAGGACAAUCUUCGCAUGCAAAUUCUCGAAGUGUGGACAGUAUAAAUAUGUUUCUUAACCCUACUUUGUCUUUGUUGAGGCGAGCAAGCUAGGCGGAUGUUGAUGACCCUUUUGAAAAAUUCGAACAUCACCGUUUGUGUUGAUUUUCAUCUUCUAAGUCCCUUUCAACAUGAUCAAUAUAAUUACAGGUAUCUCUAUGUUGUCCUGGCGCACGUGAUCAAGAAGUGGUGCAUGCGGGAUCUGAGUUAUGAUUGAAAAGUAAGCAUUUUUCUCCUUGUCCGGUCGUGUCCGUGUCCAUGAAUCGAUGUCGAUCUAUUGAAAGCAGUGUUAGUAAUUUCCCUGCUAACUACUAACUACUUUUUCUUCUUCUCUUUAUAUUACUGGCAAUAAAGCUAAUUCUUUUCCUUGCUCCUCAAUAAAUGAUCGCAGGCUAGUCCUUAUACAUCAUUUUUGUCCUUCCUCUCGUCUCCUAGUACGGUGCCCUUCAUACUCCCUGCGUGCGAAAGUUCGACGCGCCACGCAAUAGCCGGAUGAUCAAUUGUGCGCCGACUGACUGCGGAAGGUACCUAUACGUUGCGCUUUCAUCUUCAGGCAUAGUCCGAUUUGACACCACGACUGGGGAUUGCAGUGGCCGCCUCCCCUUGCAAUAUCGCGGUGUAAUCAACACGAUUGCGAUAGGAACAUGAUCAUAGAAUGACUCGGUAGAAUGAUGUGAUUAUGAGUAGUUGUAAUGAUCAUAAUAUAAAUAUAAUAUUUUUCAGGAAUUGUACCUACUAACUUGUCCAUCUUCCGUCUAUUUCUUUUACAUUACACUUCGUGUCCAAGUCCAUGACUACUUAUGUAUAGACUGAGUUUUUUCUUGUGACCUCUCGGCAGUGUAUCGAGAACAAAAAUACGUGAGAAUUACUUACAAUAGCAAUACUAAAUAUGUAGUCCUCCCUGUCGUGGUGCUCCUUGGGGACUAUUUAUGAAAGGAUAGACACGUGACGACCGUUGUACUACUAGUGGGAAAAUCCCACGAUGGCCGAUGUCUACACUAGUAAGUAUGAGAUUUUUCGUUACGGUAUAGUACGAGCACUUCUACAUCUACCGUUUGUACUAGCAGAACGUUUAUUUUACACUUGUAUCGAACAAUCAAUUUGAUAGGUACAACAUGUUCGUGAUUACAUGUUGAUUUGCAUUGAAGAUGAUUUUCUUUGUAAGUAGAUAAACCAACAAUGACUUACUACACUUAAUAAAUAUGUACCGAGGAUAGAUGGUACAACAAACGUUGAACAGAAUUCAAGUUAUCCUAAAAGGGCAUGAAAAUAGCUUGCCCUACCACUUCGAGAAGAUGACCUCGCGAGUAGUUAAUAUAGUUUUCCUCACUUCUCAUUUCCGUGGUCCUCAUUACGAUAAAGAUAUUAAUGUUGAGUCGUAAGUAAUCGUAUUCCUCGUAGAUAAUGAUGAGUCGUAAUCGUAUCAACAAGGGCCCAACAGCCUGGAUUUGCCUUAGGCCCCUGCUCCACCAGGACCAGGCGAUCGCUUCUUACUUGGUCUGUAAUCGGGUUUUUUCUUAGUGCGUGAAUCGGGCGAAAAUCAUCGUGACGAGUGAUAGUGUUUAAUUUGUCUAAACACAUC